UGCCCCUCGCAGCUGGACCAGAUCUGCGUUUCCUUCGACAACGGCAGAACCACCAUGAACUUCAUGGAGGCAGCGCUGCUGAUCCAGGGCUCUGCCUGCAUCUACAGCAGGAAGGUGGAAUACCUGUACAUGCUGGUCUGCCAGACCCUGGACUACAUCUCCAAUAAAAAGAGGGAGAAGCUCCCCACUUCCCUGGACCCCAACGGCCGCGAUGCCGACGCCACCUUCACGGACAAGGAGGAGGAGUUCCUGUCCCUGGAUGACAUCCCAGAAACCAGCCAGGCCAGCGUGGACCUGAGGAGGGAUCAGCAGCCUGCCGCCGUGAACAUCAUUCCCCUGACCCCGAUGUCCCUGGUUCCCCCAGAAGAGGGGGAGAAGAAGGAAAACCCCCUCCUGAGCCGGCGUGGCGAGGUGCUGGCCAGCCGCAAGGAUUUCCGCAUGAACACCUCCACCCCCCACGCCUCCGGUGCCUUCCUGCUGGAGCUGGCCGGCUACUGCCCGGACUCACCUGUCACUGCCCCCGCAGCAGCUCCGGGAUCCAGCCCCGUGGAGCGUCCGAGCGCUGGCACGGCCCUGGUGCGGGCACUGAGCUUCUGCGAGGAGGCAGAUGCUGCAGGACCUGACGAUGAUGACGUUCCUGAGGCCCCCCUGGGGGAUGACAUGGAAGUGACCCCAGUCCCUAACGAACACAUCGUGGCUCAGAGGAGCACGCCCCGGCCCCGGGGGUACAUGCUGCGGGAGAGACCUCCCAGCCCGGACCCCAAAGCCCUCAGCAAGGAGGAGCCCAAUCCAUGGCAGAGCCUCGACCCCUUCGGAGACUCUGAGGAGAAGCCCUUCAGGAAAGGGAGGCCCUUCCUGGUGCCACACGGCCUGGAUGAUGUGGUUGGAGGCAAGAGGAAGAGGAGGGGCCCGAGGAAGCUCCAGGAUUUCACAAGAUGGUUCUCUGUAGCCUACAACCGCGUCACAGAGGGCCAGAAAACCAGGAGGAAGGGCCCCACCUUCGCAGACCUGGAGGUGCUGUACUGGCGGCAGUUCAAGGAGCGGCUGGCUGCGCACAGGAAGCUCCAGAGCCGGAGGGAGCUGCUGAGGGAGCCGGAGCCAGAGCUGGAGCAGGAGCGCGGCGCUGACAGCGAUGAAGGGGCAGACAAUGAUUUUGUGGAGCACGAGGACAUGGAGCCCGAGGCACUGGAGGAGCUGGAGGAAGGAAACCUGGACCCCCCUGAACCUGCCUAUGAGGAGCUGGUGCGCAGGAACGUGGAGCUGUUCAUGGCCAGCUCCCAGAAGUUCGCGCAGGAGACGGAGCUGUCGCAGCGCAUCCGGCAGUGGGAGGAGCUCGUGGAGCCGCUGCUGCAGGAGCAGGAGAGCCGUGUCCUGUUCAAUGUCCGAACCUACGGGCUGGCACUGACCGAGCGCUGUGCGCAGGUGGGCCAGUGGCACUCGCUGGCCAGCCUGGUGGCCGGGCAGCCCCCGUUCGAGGUGUGCCGCUACCUGCUGGCCUCGCUGCAGCUGGCCAACGACGGGGAGGUGGAGCUGGCGCAGGAGCCGGGGCUGGAGGCGGCGCUGGACACGGCGCGGCUGCGGCUGCUCUCGACCCGCCCGGCGCACGAGAGGUUCCAGCACUUCCAGCUGCCCUCCCAGAGGGACCCCGGCCCACAAUAAACCCCUCCUU